AUGUUCAAGAGGCAGAAGAUGAUAAACGGUAGAGACGAAUCAUCAAUUACUCCAGCGUUGAUCAGUCAAGGACCGUUUACCAUAGAAGAUUUUGAAGGAGGGCUUCAGAACCUUGAACAGCUACAUUCCAAGAAGAUUCUCGUGUUGGGGGCUGGUGGUUUGGGAUGUGAGAUUCUUAAGAACAUGGCCCUAUCAGGGUUCAAGCACAUCGAUGUCAUUGAUAUGGAUACCAUUGACAUCUCCAAUUUGAAUCGUCAGUUUCUUUUCAGAACAAAAGAUAUUGGCAAAUCCAAGGCGAUUGUUGCCUGUGAAUUCAUUAGGAAAAGGGUAAAAGACGUCAAUGUGACCCCCCAUUUUGCGAAAAUUCAAACCAUGGGGGACGAUUUCUUCAAACAGUUUGAUUUGAUAAUUCUGGGACUCGAUAACAUCGAAGCCCGUCGCUGGGUGAACUCCCUUGUGAUUUCCUUAUACGAUGUCAAUGAUGAUGACUCGCUUAUACCGAUGAUUGAUGGCGGUACAGAAGGGUUCAGGGGUCAAUCUAGGGUGAUUUUUCCUAGACUCACCGCGUGUUAUGAAUGUACUUUAUCCCUUGCCCCAGCAGUGAAGACACAAUAUCCAGUAUGUACCAUUGCCAAUACUCCAAGAUUGCCAGAGCAUUGUAUCGAGUAUGUGAAUUUGAUCGAAUGGCCGAAACAAUUCCCCGAUAAGAAGUUCGAUGCCGAUAAUCCUGACGAUGUCACCUGGCUUUAUGACCGAUCGUUGGAUCGUGCCAAACAAUUCAACAUUUCUGGAGUGACAAGAUCGCUAGCCUUAGGAGUGGUCAAGAACAUUAUUCCGGCAAUUGCCUCUACCAAUGCCAUCAUUGCUGCCAGCUGCGUGAAUGAGGCAUUCAAAGUACUUACCAGUUGUAAUCCAAAUUUGGAAUAUUGUAUGCAAUAUUCUGGUGAUAAUGAACCAUUCACAUUUAAUUUUGCUCCGGAACAACAGGCAGAUUGCCCUAUUUGUGGAUGA